AUGUCUGAUUCAACGGAGGGUUGGGACGAGGGUUGGGAGGAUGAUGAGGGAGAUGAAUGGUCUCAAUUACUUCCCGCUAUACAUGAACACACAACACAAUUAUCAGAGCUAAGUGUGUUAAUGGGUCAGUAUGUGACACCUUUUCUGUGCAAACAACCAUGUAGAACUAGUGAACAAACUGGUUAUUUGUGGGUUCAAGAACUUUUAGACGGGCAUGUAGGACGGUCUAAGGAAAUGUUUCGAAUGGAAACAGAGACAUUCUAUCGGUUAUGUUCUAAAUUGGUUGAACAUGGGUUACAAAAUACUAAGUACAUAGGUAUCCAUGAAUCUGUUGCCAUGUUCUUGAAUAUAAUUGCGCAUGGCCAAUGUAAUAGGAUGAUUCAGGAAAGGUUUCAGCAUUCAGGAGAAACUGUCAGUCGGCAUUUUCAUCGAGUGUUAGCUGCUUGCCUCAAUUUAUCUCGAGAAAAUAUCAGGCCAACUGAUCCUACGUUUUCCUAUUGUCACCCAAAAAUAACAAAUGAUCCACGAUACUUCCCAUUUUUUAGAGAUGCAAUUGGAGCAAUUGAUGGUACCCACAUAAGAUGUAAGGUUAGUCAAGCUAGGCAAGACAAAUAUAUCAAUAGGAAGGGAUUUCCUAGUCAAAAUGUCAUGGCCGUAUGUGAUUGGAAUAUGUGUUUCACGUUUGUGUUGGCGGGCUGGGAAGGUAGUGCACAUGAUGCUCGUGUCUUUCAUUCUGCUAUCUCAACUCCAUCCCUGAAUUUUCCUCAUCCACCUGAAGGAAAAUAUUAUUUAGUUGAUGCUGGUUAUCCAUCACAAGUGGGAUACCUUGGCCCGUACAGACGUGAGCGCUAUCACCUUCCAGACUUUAAUCGUCACCCAAGAUUUACAAAUCAGAAUGAGGCCUUCAAUUAUUAUCAUUCUAGUUUGAGAUCCACUAUUGAAAGAACUUUUGGGGUGUGGAAGAAUAGGUUUGCAAUCUUAAGCAAUAUGCCCAGAUUCAAGUUUCAAACACAGGUCGGCAUAGUUUGUGCAACAAUGGCUGUCCAUAAUUUUAUCAGGCAAAAUUCUCCAACUGAUGAUCGCUUUAUAGAAGCUGAACAUGGAAGUGUAAUAGAUGAAGAAAAUAAUCAUGCAAGUGGUGAGGCAUCCUCGUCAAGUUUAACAUCUGCUGCACAAAUGAAUCGUGUUCGUGACUCAAUUAGAGACCAAAUUGUGCAAAGUUUACUAUCUAAUUAG